AUGAGAUGGGAGAAGGCUCAUAAAGAGGAAAGUCCUAAAUAAUUGGCAAAAGAGGCGAAGGGUAUGGACUAGAGAAGUAGAAAAGAUCUUCAAGAUAAGACGUAAAGGAGGGGAUGCUCUAAAAGGACGUGGCUUGAAGGGAAAUGUAGUACCCCAAGAGAACACAAUUAAUUAGUUGAGGAGAGAACUUGAUUUGGUUUUGGUGGUAUUGCUCUGUAUAUAUAUACAUGUGUGUGUGUGUGUGUAUGUGUGUGUCAAGAGAAAAAUGGAAAACUGCACAGGAAGCUUUCUUUUCUCUCUUAACAACCCUGGUGUUGCUGUUGGUUAGGUUACUGUACUAAGGGACAGACCAUCUCUUUUAUAUGGAGCAUGUCAGUUAGGGCUCAUGAGUCUAGAAAUAAGUGAGUAAGCUGGGCCUUAUUGUUGGGCAGCUGAAUUGUUAUGAUAUGAUCGGAAGCGAUUGAUUUUACUGUUAUUUACAUCCAAUAUCCCUAUGCAUUGCCAUAUACUUCAGAAUGUUUUUUUGUCGUUUAAAGUAAAAAUAAUAAUCUUCUGUGAUCGACCAAAUAACUUGAUGGCAUUGAUGAUUUUCCUUUCAUUUCCGGAUUAUGCAAGAGAAUCGAGUUCGGUGUCGUCCAACGUGCACCAUUUGGUGAUUGACCAAACAAAUAGGCCUAGAUCUAUGGCCCUUAAUGAAUCGAAUGGUCCUUCGAUUUCUGUUAAUUAUAGAAUGUCUGGAAUAUAUUAUUUUAAGUUUAUUGUUAAAAAAAGGAAUUUUUUAUACAAAAGGAUAUCAAAACUGUAAUGUCUUCCAAAGGGAAUUGAAUACGUCUAUAAUGAUUGCGUUGGGAACCUUUUUUUUUAGCUAUCUCUUCUUGAAAAAUAAUUUUGGCAUGUUAUUUGCUCCUGGGAAUGCUGAAAGAUUUUCAUGAUUUCGAGUUUACUGUCAAUAGAGAGGAAUAAUAAGGGACUUUUGUUGUUAAGUAUGCAUAUUUCUUCAUUGCAUGAGUUGAUGCAUGUGGCUUCUGCGAUGUAUGGAGACCAGUGUUAGGACCCUGCUAUGGGAAGUGGGAAAUCCGAAGAUAAAGAAACAAGAUUUAGAUACUGGAGAUAACAGAAGAGAAAAUCUAACAUGAGUCCUGGGCUCUGAAGAACCCUAGAGUUGUGGGAACGUUGGAGAGGCCCCCUGCUCUCCCUCAGCCUCAACCACCUUUGAGUGAUCCUCAAUAACCCCCCUCCCAAUCUCCCCUUCAACCCUAAUACCCCUCACGUCCGUACAUUGUAAGGACUUUUUUACCUUGUCCCUGUAAGUCCCCUCUUCAUUUGAGGUUGGGGCAUUUAAGUCUUCUGCCGUCAGGGUGGGCUCAGCUGUUGGCCCCCUCCUCCUGCACCUUGAGUAAGUUGGGCCUACCAUGGGCCUAACAACCAGACAAAUACUUGAAAGUACUAGUUUGAUGUGGAAAGUAAGAAAGAUGGAGCUGUUAAAUUGCGAUAAGUUUGUGCCUUUAAAUACUAAGAACACUAAUGACAUGCAAGUGAUAGUGAGAUGGUAGCAAUUAUCUUUUUUCCAUUAUUUUUCACCUUUUAUGGAUUGUGUUGGAAUUUGUGAGGACUUGGUCAAGUAUUAUCAACGUAAAAACACAUACUACACUCGUAUACACAUGUACCUGUCUUCAUAUAUGACAAAGAGAUAUUAUAGAAGGUUUGUAUCAGUCUCAUAUAUGUCACCUGUGGCCUUACAAUGACUAGUGCAAGUGGAAGAAAAAUUGUGUGGACUCUAAGGUUGAUGUGUGGUGGGAUUGAGUUAUUCAAGGUACAAUGUUGAAGGUUUUUUUUACUCCUUUUUUUCUUUUGCUGGGCUGGGGGGAUUGGGGCAAGGGUACCUAGGCCCAUAUUUUUUCAUUAGAUGUGUUUUUUGUUCUCGUUUAAACAAGAGGAAUUAAUAGAUAAAGCAGAAAAUCUUCUGUUAUUUGAAAAAUAUGAUGGGUGAUGUGCUUAUAGAUUCUAAUCAAAGAAUAAAGGAGGUAGUAUAUUAGUACGCUUCUCUACAUAAUUUGCAUCUUUAAUCUGUUUUGACUUCAUUGUACUACCGAUUUCUUUCAUUGAUGGUUUUACAAAAUGUAUGCUCUUCAUAAGGAAUUUGAACUAUUAUGAAUAUUUUUAAUUACACUUUUAUAUUAUACAUAGUAUGCCUCCAUUUUCUUAUCUAGGUUCUCUUAGGAACCAUCAUCUUUUUUUAUUUUGAGUUUUAUCAGUAUGUAAGUGUCCAACUACAUGUUUGCAUAAUGAAAUCUUACGUAGAGUAUUGAUUUUUUUUUUGUGCUGUUUUUUGUCUGCCAUAGGGUCACAUAUCAGGCGGGGAUAACCAUCAGAGAGGUUUCUGCCAGACAGAUAAGCAAGGCGAAGGGAGACUGGAAAACAUGAAUGAUGGAAUUGGUUGUGCUGAUAUUGAGCAUCGGUUAAAGCAGAAAACAUUUUCCAGGCAAGAAUUUUUUGUUGACAGUUUUUUUAGGAAUCAUUUGCCCGACUCAAUGACCUAUGCCACUUCUCUGAUGAUCAAUAACUAUGUGUGGUUGUGUUUUUUGGAGAAAUUAUCCGUAAUCCCCGUGACAUGCUGGGGUACUCAUCUGGAAUAUUUGUCAUACUCCAAUAUGGAGUAUCCCAUUUGCAGUUGUUUGCAGAUAGGAUACCCUGAUUUUAUUCACUCCUAUACGGGUCUGGAUCGUUCAGUUGACUCUUUUUCUAUCAAGACAAUAACAUAUAUCAGUUACCUUUAUGCGAAGAUGAAGUCUUUCGUGUUGCUUUGUCUUUUAGCAUGUGCUGAUUUCUAUACAACUAUAGUCUUCCAUACUAGAGAGGUUUUUGAGACCAUACAUGUUGCUUUUGAAGUUGUUUGAAGUCAGUUCUUUACGUCUCCACCAUUCACGUUCUUCAGUCAUUGUUGAUGAAAAAAUUGAUAAUAGUAAAAAUAUAUGACUCCCCCACUCUUUUUUUCUGUGAGCUGUUGGUUGUUACGGUACUUUUCUUGCAUAUCAUUCAGAUAGGUGUGAGAUUGUAUGUGCUAUGGAUAGAUGCAUUUUGGCAUCAGACCUUAUCUGGAAACGCUUAUGACAAUUCAGGAAUGAAUCCAACUGGCUCAUAGAACUAUUACGCUCUAGAACUACCUAUGUUGCUGGGGAUGAUACGUGUGCAGUGAGAUUUAAAGCGCAUAGUUCCAGUAAUGCACGGGAAUGGAAAGAUAUGACGAACUCAGUAGAGGAAAAGCUGCCAAUACAGAUGAACCCUAUAUUUCACAGAGAAAGUGUAAGAGAGCAUUAACUUUCAUCUUAUUUUGGUUGCUCACAAAUUAUAGCAUUAAUUCUCUGAAAUUCUGUCAUAUAUUAAAAUUGAAUAGGUUUUUGAUGAAGUUGGCGUAUCACCUGUUGAAAUUGCAAAAGCUUUUAUGGAGUUCCGCUCAUCAUCAUCAUCAGAUCAGGGCAUCCAUGGGAGAUUUUUAAAGAAUGAAAGAAGCCCAUUACGUGGUCGUGGUUCUGCUGCAAACACAGUAACCAGUUCAGAUUCUCCUAUGUCACAAAUAUGCUGGCCAGGUGCAGUGUUAAGGUCUGACCAGAGAUAUUUCACACCCCAGAGUCAAAGAGGCAGAUCUGGUCUCAGGAACACGCCUCGAACUCCUUGUCCUGAAGAAAUAUUUCAAAGUUCUCUUACUAAGGUUCUCAGAGUACAUAUUUAAUUGAUCUUGGCGAUAUGAUUUUAAAUUACUGGAUUUCCUUUCAAGAAUGUUAGUUUUGCAUGGACAGUUCAGUAGCUCUGAUCUGGCAUCGCAGGGUACAUUUUCCUGAAAUAUUCAAAUUUGCAGUUGCAGGUGCAACAUAUAUCUUGAUUUAAUAAUAGUAAAAAUAUUGAACUUCAAUAUGAACUUUAUUUCUGGUUUAUCUCUCAUGUUGAUGAUAGAUGUGAGAGAAUUACUCUGAUCAACGGAAAAUUGGUUCGUUGUGGUGGAGUAAAUGGUUGAGCUCCAUACUUUUUAAGACAGUAGUUGCAUUUUAAGGAUAAAAUCACUGAAUUUUGAUUUGUCCAUGGAGUCCGAGUAUACUAUUACUCUGGAAGAACUGUUUCCGAAUCACCAAAAAAUGCUUUAUUAUGUUUUGCGUUUGAAUUUUCGAGUAGAUGAUUUGAUGUACUCUAUGGCCUGAAACUGAAAUUUCUUCUAGGCUUAUGCCCCAUAUUUUUAGUGGUUGCUAUUAGGAGACUAUAUUUGAUGAAAGAAAAUCUCCCAUUCAUGUGGUGUGUGAGAAAUUAAUAUGACAAUUUCCAUUGUCUUCGUUGUCAGAUUCUAUCUGUUCACAUAUCUGAGCAGGUCAAUGAUGUUCGUAUUACACAUGAAUGGGCUAUUUUCCCUACUUUAUACCUCUUUCUAGAAUAUGAACAGUAGAUAUUUCACUUUAUCCAUUUAUUCUCUGAAGAACUGGGUUCAGAGAUGAGCUGAUGUGUGCUCUUUUGUGGUUCUUUUACUUUUCAAGUAAUAUACGACGGAAUUUGUUCAAAUGUUACAUUUGAAUGUUCUGUAUUCUGAUUUAUGACAGGCAUUAGGCUAGCAUCAAUGGCUUGCUGAAAUCUGACUAAGAAUACUCUAUUUUAUGACACAUUCAUCUGUGUAAUUUCUGAUAUUUUCGGUCCACAAUUGAGAAUUUCAAAAACCUGUGCUAAAUUCUGCCAUGUUAUGUCUUAAAUUUCUUUAGUUAGGCAGUCUCUUCCGUUUUGUAUACACCAUGGCAGCUGCUUCUCUGAAACGUGUAUAAAUAUUGAAAUAACGCAUUGGUGGGUGACGCAUGUAUUUAGUUAAUUCAAAAUUUGCAUUCAUUAAGUAAAGACGAAUCUUUACAUACUGUUGAUUCGUAGCACUAUGCUUGUAGUAUGCCCUUAUUGCUUUUCUUUCGUGUUUUUGAUAGACUACUGACUGAAAUUCUGCCUUGUCCAUUUAAUCCCCCUUCGAAUUCAUAUGAAAUUGUGAAGAAAAGGAGCUCUAUUCCAGGUGGGGUCCAGGCCAAUAUUAGUCCCAUUCUUGGGCUACAGCGGAAGAGCGUGAAAAUGAGUGAUUCGAAAGGUGGCGUUCAGAAUACGUCUGCAAGUAUAAUGUCAACGGUAUCAGCAUGUUGUGAUGUUUUCAGCAGUUCUACACUAACGCCUAAAAGGAAUUCAGAAUCUGGUCUAUCAGGUCACCAAGCAACAUGUUCAGAAGAUGGUUCAACGCAUAUUGCUGCGAUUUUAUCAAGGGUUCAUCCGAAGUCUAGUGAAGUAGCUAAAACAAUAUUGGAACACCUGGAUAGAACAGAUCUUUUGCCUCAGAAGAAAUCGUUUGAACCAAAAGUUUUGACGGAAAAGAAAACCCUUUUUGGUCAGUUCGAUGGAACAGUUUCUUUGCCUCGGGAUAAGUCACUUGAACCAAAGUCACUGAUUGAAACAAGGACUCUUUCUCAAUCGGAUGUGGUUAAAGAACUGAAUGACCAGGGUAACAAGGCUGGUCCGUUGUCUCUCAACACUAGCUUACCUGGUGGUGAUGUUUUCCAACUGGAUAUGCAGGUGCCAAAGGUAUUAUUUAUCCCUUUGUUGAUUUAGAGAAGUGCAGUCUUAUUUCAUGAACAUGGCACGACGUUAGCGUCACUAAUGCCGUGUUCUGUGUAACUUUGCAACUACUUAUUUCAAACUGGGCUACUAGUACUUAUUAACUUGGUGGCCUUUGAUUUCAAACUACAUUUUGAACUUUCUUGGAAGAUUCCCACUCUAGUGAAAUGCUAUCAAGUUUCUUGGCAGGCUUGGGAAAAGGACAAAUUCAAUUAAUGUACCAGAAAUUAGGAUAAAAAUUGACAACCAAUCGAGAUUAAAGUUUUGAAGCAUGGACUUAAUUAGUUUUUUGCAGCAUGCGUUGUAGACUCCUUAUUCCAUGAUUUACUAUUUCUACUUAUUUUUACGUUAUCUCGCGGUUGCUUGAUGCAUUAUUAAAAUUGAUCAGUGCCUACAGUUACAUGAAGUUGGUAUGUGGUCAGUAAAGCAUUUUUUUGACUGCUGCGUCAUGUCAACAUGAUUUUUUUGUGCUUUAUUGAUUUCAGAUAAUGUUCUUUUGGUGUGUGAGGGGGAAUUAUUGACUGCAACUAACACUCUUUUGAUCACAAUCAGGCAAACGAAGAAGUUAUUCCAAGUUCUGGCACCAGUUUCGUUGACUCUAAGGCACGUCAGGUGCAGAAGUUUCCAAGUUCACCGAGCCAGUUCUCCGGAGGUGGAUUUAUCUCAGCCACCACGUCUUUUUCGAAAGCUGAGAAAGUUCCAAGUUUCCCGGGUAAUGGAUUUGGAUUUUCUUUUUCUGCUUCAUUGGGUUCAAAGGCUAGUGCGUUUCCAUCAGCACCGGAAAGCGUUCCGCGCUCUUCAGCUGGUGAAGAAGGGGCAAUCCCGUCAUUUGGUUUUGGCUGUACUCCUGGGGGCGGGCCAGUCUUUUCUUUUGGCCAGGCGGCAGUCCCCACAUACGCCACUCCGAGUUACACGUUUGGGUCCGAUGAUCGUUCCAGGUUGUCUUUCGGGACGUUGGGCGAUGGCACUGUCUGCUAUUGAUCAUUGACCUGGGAGUCUUCUUCUUCUUCUACAGCUCCCCAUGACCAUUAGUUGGCGUCUGGGUUGGGACGGUCGAUCUGUCAAGAGGGGUCUUCCUAAUUGAAAUCCAUGAAGUUUGGCGUCUCUGGUGUGGAUGCCUUUUUAUCUCGCGUUUCCGCCGUCUGCCGCUGGUGCGCGUCGUGAAUGUUGCUGCGCGGAGCGAAGAUGAGGGGUUAGGUAGUCGGCCUUUAGUGCGUACAGAUUGGCAGUGCUCUGCGUCAGGACGGUGCAAUGGAGCCACCGUGAACCGCGUGCUGUGUCUGUGGGAAUCUUGAACAGUGAAUAAACCUAGGGAUGCUGGGAUUUCGCGUCACUGUGUCUGUGGUGGGGGUCGGGUGGGCAGAGCGGGGAGUCAACCGUGGGAGGAUGCUGACAAGCGACAUGGGGGGAAGGCGGCGGGGAGAGAGAGAUGUCUGUGGUCCUCUCUCUCCAGGAGGCGAAGGGCACCCGGCCUUACCCACCUACUGCGCCUUCCAUCUCUAUCGCUCCUGUCUUACAAUCUUGGGUGGGGAAGGCCCUCUACUCGACGCGAGGAGGCCGAGUGCCCCACGACGUACUACCAGCUGUGA